UGGGACUCAGCAGGCGAAAUGGAGGUGUCGUCUGCCGCCUGGAACCGCUCCGUCUGCGCCGUUCAUCACCUGUAUCAGCACGCACCGAGCGUCGUCGUCUUGGAGGUCCUCACUAUCAUACUGCUUAUUGUCCAUGUGCUCAUCGAGUACAAACUUAUACGCAGAGUCUCUAGUGUGUCACUUACGAAGUGUUUUCCCUCGCCCUUUUCUUUGCGUCACUCUGGCACCACAAAUACAUUUACUGAGUACGUUUACCGAGUCUGGCGCCUGCUGCGUCUUGUGUCGCUGGGGCUCCUCGUGCUGGCGCUGAGCGAAUGUGACUUUGUCCUGGGCUGCCGACAGUUCAUCGUGUGGCAGCUGGAAGUACUGGCAGUGCUGCUUGUGUGGCUUCACUUUGUGGCAACUCUGAACAAGAUUUUAUGGUCCUCGGGACUUAUUCCAAUUGAUACCAUGCUAUUAUUUCCCUUCGCGCUGCUUCUUCUGCCGCUUUUUCUCUAUUUGCUUGCAUUUGCCGUGUCUUUUCAUUUUAUCUUUUUGGAGAACAAGACUUUUGGUUCCAUGCCUUACUCUUUUGUGAAGACCAUCACGAUGAUGCUCGGAGAUUUUGGUUACGACGAUACUUUUGCUUACGAUAACACCAAUGGAUCGUACCCACUCCUGUCGAACGUGUUGUUAGUAGUCUUCAUCCUCUGCAUCAUAGGAAUGGUACUGAAUUGUGUCUCUGGAGGCUUUACAGAGAAGUUCACUGAACUAAGGAAAAAGGAGCAAGUAAACCGAGCGAUAUCGCUUCUUCGCACCCACUUGCUCAUCGAUGAAUUCGUGCCGGAAUGGCGCAGAAAAUAUGCUUGUUCACUUAAAAUUCGCGAGAUGAACUGGCGAUCGUCUUCUGUUAGUUCCGAAAUGCUCCAAGAGCAGAAAAGGGAAACUUCAGCACAGGGUCUCGAGUUGACGAAGAUAGUUGAUCAACUGACGAAAUUAGCGGAAGACAUGAAAGAUAUGAAGCAAAGUAACUAACUUUUCUCUGUAAUUGAUAUCCGAAUAGCAACAUUAGCAAACGUCUGAAAAGGAACUCCAACUGACGAAGUUGGGAAAAAGAUGAAAGACUUGAAAUAGGCAUCCAAAUUCUUCUUAUCAGCUCAUCAGCAAAACGCAUUGUGACAGGUGACCUGUUUCGCUGAAAAAGUACCAAAAAAUUAGAAGCAAUUUAUACUCUUAUUUUUACAUAUUUUAAAAGGUGGUUGUCUUCAGAUUGGCAAUAUGUAUCGACGUUGGUUAGGCGUGAAUGCAAGGCCAGUUGAUCAUGAUUCGAGCGUUUUUAAGGUCAUAGAUAGCAGCCCCUAGUUUUAACGGCUAAUAAACGUGUACAAGUGGCCAGAAUGUUAAGCCAAUUGAGAAAUUUAGCUGUAGCUUAGGAGCUAAACUACAGCUCCUAAAAUCUUCUGCCAUAACUUUGUUUCAUGUAGAAGAUUGUAAUAAAUAAAUAUUUUGAAAUCGAUUCAAGUAUACAAUUCCUAUACAGUUAAUCGAAAUCAUGAUAAAAAUAAAUAAUUAAUAUGGUAGUGAUUUUCGGUCUAUAUAAUGUCAUUUUAGAAUUUAGAAGCUAAUACACAUUAUAUUUAUAACUUAAUAUGAUUAAUGCCAUACAAAAAAUGGCGAGGCGAAUACAAGAUUCAUGGGUUUUUUGUCGAGUCCAAAACUCAUGCAGGAGGCGCUCAAUCGAUAUUGAUAAUUAUCGAGCAGGCAAAGACUACUUCUUUCAAUAAAUAAUUUCAAAUGAUUAUAAAGUGAGUAAACGAUGUUGUCUCAAAUUGCAGAAAAUAUGUAAAUGUUCAAGGGUCUUGAUUUGUAAUAAACGUCAUCGAUUUAAAAAUAAUCAAUGAAAAAUAAAAACAAACCAAACAACACAAAGUUGGUCCAACUUGAGCGCCCUUUUGAUUGAUUUUAACAGCCCGUGGGAAAUAUUUCUAUGUCUUUUCUUUUAUUUCUAUGUUGAUUCUGUGUUCAAGUUUAUGGAACCUACUGCAAGGACUUUGUAAGGGUAUUACGUACGUUGUAUAGACUACAAUUAUAAAGAGUAUUUAUUGAUCGAAAACUGUAAAAUUGAAAAUUAUUAGGAGUUUUUUCAUACUUAAUUAUUUCGGUUAUU